GAAGAGAUUAAAAUACGAAAAAAAAAUCUAUCGAAAUAGUUUUAGGCCGGAAAGAUAUAUUUUUGUUUGGGAUUUUUCGAACAGAUUUAGUAAUAUGAAGUUGAAAAUUCUUAAGGAUUCGAUUAAUUCGACAGAUUGAAAUCGUCCAAUGCCAUCGACGCUUUUAAAGAUGGUCAUUGCACUUCUGUAGAUGUAGAGAACAAAGCGAAGAUCGAUUCGUUGAUGUCACCCCGAUUCAGCUUGCCAUUGGAUAGCGGUCACGGGCAUUGACCAAUCUCCACCUUUCGUCAUUGGUACUGACACAAUUCCGAAGGAAGAAAUUACCAUGAUGCAGCAGAUUGAGAAGAAACUUGCCGACUGCCAUUGAACUGAAUAUUUCUUUUGAGAAGAAAAAAGAUUUCUAUUGUUAAAUAUCAGGUGCAAUGAGUAGUGCUGACAGGAAAGCAGAUGUGCAAGGCCCCUCUUUGCUGACUUCUCCUUGUUUGACGUUGCCCUUUGGGUGUUCGACUGCGGGUACUUUUCAACAGUGGUCCCACGUAAGUGACGUCGAUCACUACCCCAAACCGUUGAAGUGCGACCGUCUUCAGAGGCUACCUCCUCCCAGAUCCCUUUCCACAUCUCGUAGUUUUCCUCCGCUGUCUUCUACCGCGUCCGAAACUCGUGAUCUUGGUAUGGAUCCGGUUCAGAAAGUUCAACAAUUGGAAAGAAAUUUAGCCUUUGUUAAAGAAAACCAUGCUAUUGUGCUAGACAGUUUGCACAAAGAAGUAGAAGAACUGAAGAAAAAAAAUAGAGAAUUGUUAUUUCAAUUAGUAAUUGGAAUUCCUGCUGAGAAAGCUAAUCAAGAAAAAGAAAAACCAUCAACUCCAGAAGUUCCUCCAGAGAUCCAACAGAAAAUAGAUAGAUUAGAAAAAGAAAUAAAGAAGUUACGGAGUGCUCUCAAAGAAUCUCUGAAGACCAAUACUUGUUUGACUAAUCAAUUAGAAUUUUUGAAAAGAUAUGAUAUUCCAUAUAAAGAGAGGAGUUCCAAUAAUCUUCCAGCAUUAAAACAGCCCUUAUUUCCUCUGAUGGAACGUGGAGACAAGCCUCGGAAGCCUCGAGGUCCACACAGACCCAGAGUUUCAGAUAAUAUUUCCAAUCAUUAAAUUCUUCCAAUAUAUUUAAAUUUCUGCCAGAAGCUGCCUAUAAUUUAAUAAUUAUCAGUAUUCACUCAAAUGAAAAACCAAAACAAUAAAAAUUUUCAGUUGUAAAUUCAUCAAUUAUGACAUUAUUGCAAUUUUCAGAAUUUUAAUUAAAAUGUAUUAAAUUAAUAUAUAUAAAUAUCAUAAUUU